UUUUGCUUUAUUAAUACGUAUUCCUAUCUUUUAAGUUAAAUAAUUUUUCAAAAUUCAUAGUGAUAAUUACGGGGAUGUAAAGUGCAGUGUAGAAUAAAGUAGAGCAUUUCAAAUCUCGAAAAGAAUAAGGCAAGUGGUUUUGGGGGAGAUUUACAGUUUUAAAGAAGAAUGUGAAGAAAAUCGAUUGGAUUGUAAGAAAAAAAAGUAUAUCCAAAAAAUGAGAUUUAAUGAGAAAGAGUUAAGAGCUCUCGCAGUUCAACAUAAGUGUGAAAAAGAGGGCAACUUAUAUUUUCGUGAACGACAAGAAGGAUUUUUUCGCAAAGCGGAAGGUGAUGCAAAUAAUAAAACAGGAUUGAGUUGCAUAAGUCUUAAUAAGAGUAAUAACAUUAAAUCAAAUAACCUCAUAACAAGGCGGAAUCGUUCGUUCAGUUGUAUCGGACUAUCUAAAGUCAGCAAUCAGAAGUGGUGUAAACUUCGUGGGAAUCUUCUGUUUUACUUUAAAUCAAACGAUCAAUUUUCGGAACCAGCUGGAGUAAUUGUUCUUGAGAAAUAUCGUGUAACUAUUCCUAACGAACAGACUGAAGCCUUUGAAGGGUAUCCAUUUUACAUUGAAUUCGAAGAUGGAUUGAAUCAACGACUUGGCGCGUCGUCAGAACAAGAAAGAAACGAUUGGGUACAAGCUUUAAGAAUGGCUGGUUAUGAUAUCAUGAGAGCACAAUUACAAUAUUUAAGAGAACAAAUUGAAAAGCGACGUGGAAGUCAUCGACUUGAUGUUGACGUUGAUAUGCAUCGAUUACAGUCGGGAAACCAAGUUUUAGAUUUCACAGAAGUUCCAAUUUGUGAGUCUGCAAUAUCAUGCGAUAAUCUGAUCUGUGAUGCCCAUGGCAAGCCACCGAAUCCUUCAAUUGUUGUUCAAGUGAGAAUGUCACAGAAUGGUGGAUGGAUUAAAUACGGACGGACAGAAGUUAUUGAACAGCGUUCAUCAAAUCCACAGUUCCUUUGCACAAUAGUUUUUCGAGCAUCUGAUGGUCUCAAUUCAAACUCAAUGAUUCGAUUUACCGGUUAUGAUGUCAGAGAAAAAGUAUCACAAACAGCUGUUCCACUUGGCUUCGCUGAGAUAUCUCUCGGAGUGAUACAAGACACAGCUCGAUUAAGAAUUCCCAUUCGAAAUCAAAAUAACAAUGUCGGAUUCAUUACAAUUGUCACUUUUACACCCGAAUAUGAAAGAAAGAUUCGUUCACCAGCUAAAGUGCAUGAACAUCCACAUGGACAUCGGAGAAGUCAAUCGCUUCCGCCAAAACUUGGAGUGAAGCUUUUCAUUCCUCCACACUUGAAGUUACCUUUAAUUUUCACGAAUCCAAGUAUUCGAACAUAUCGAUUGCAUUCUGGCUUAGCUGGGGGGGAUAUCAGCGUUCAUGAGUUCAUGUUAGAAAGUCAACUUUGCUUCAUAAUCCCACAACAACUUUUAUCGAUUUGGAUUUUACGCGAGAAGGAACUUUUGCAAGAAAUUUCUGGGAUGGGUGAGUUGGGUGGUGAAUGGAGAAAUAAACAAAUGAAUCUUCUUGAUAUUCAUUUGAAACUUUUGAGAGAUUACUCGCAAGCAAAACAGACCCUACAAACAUUCAAUGGUCGUGGGGGGAAGUUCUUCAAACCAUCAGCAAAGAAAGGCGAUGAGAGUUUAGAGUUUGCUCCAAUUAAUUUACAUUUACAACGAAUGUGUGCGCAUAAUGAUACUUUAAAGAAGACGGGAUAUCUUGAUGUUGUCACUGUUGGGGCUUUCACAAGACAUACAGGGAAAACAAAGACUGGUGGGUUAAUCAAACUUCUACAUCAGUUAAAAGAUACUCCAACAAAAAGCAGUGCUGAACAAGUUCAUCAUAAGGUACAAGCAGCUAAUGAUGUCGUGCAAUCAAUUAAACAAUUAAGAAAAGAAAUUGUUGAAAUUAUGUCGCAGUUGUUAUUGUUAGCGAAAACAAAAUCCACGAAAAAUAUGUUGCCAUUGUGUAAUGAAAUGAUGAGUAAGACACGAGCAUUAUUAAAUAUUUGGGAACCUUCGUUAGUUGAAGAUGCAUUCAAGUUCAUUGAGAAGCAUCGCAUUAUUGAUGAACCAGAUAAUAAAAUUACGCCAUUGUCACCUUUUAAGAAGAUCACUCAACAAUUAUGUGCGCUUGACUUGAAGUCACCGGAGCUUGAGGAUUUUGCUACUCCUAUGGGACCAAUGCCGGACGUUCUUUGGCCCAACAAUGGUAAAGUUAUUCCAAAAUCAGAUUCUCGAGGCAUAUUAAAGAUGAAAUCGCCGUCAACAACAGAUAUCAAUGCAAUUGCAAGCGUUCAAAACUCUGUUAAAUCGUAUCAGCAAAACUCAUCAUCGGCAACAGCAAGUGAUAAAAUGUCAAUGUCAUUGCCACCAGUUCUUGUGUCAUCUUCUCCCAAAGAUCAAAUUCAUGAAAUGAAAUUCAGUGAGACACAUUUUGAUGUCAAUGGUGAAGUGUCAAGCAAUCCGAACGAAUCAAAUACGGAACCAUGUGAACAUGAAAUAAUGACGUCGGAUCAACUAUUGGAGAAUAAAAAUGAAUUGUUAUCGAAUAUUUAUGAUGAAAAUGGAUAUUUAAUUGAGAAUACUUCAAUUGUGUUGAGUCAUAAUGGAGCCUUUCUUGAUACGAAAGUGAUGACAUCGUCAGACUUUUAUCGGCCAAGUGAAGAGCCAGAACCACUCGAUCUAACACAAUUAAAUAUAGAAGCAAGUGUCAUGUGUCUUGUGAGUAAAGUAAAAUUUUUAUGUGGACGAUGUGGGUCACCUGCUGUAAGAUUACGCCAACCACGUGGAUCAAUUUCUUCAAUGAAACGUGACUUAGCACCUGAUGUUGUUACAACACAACCAAUCAGUUCUAAUGAUGAAAUCUCCGCAUCAUUGUCAACGUCGACAUCAUCAAAAACACAGAAUAUGUCAAGUAAAGAUUUGAAUCUUGCACUGACACAAGCAGUUGGAGAAGUUACGAGAAAAGUUAAAAAAGGAAAUAAAUUCACAGACGGUUUAGAUUUGUCAUUGACGACUGAUUGGGCAAGUGAAUUAAGGCCUUCUAUGAAGAAACUACGACAAGCCAUGGAUGGGUUGCUGAAAACUGCAAGGUUAAUGCAUUCAGUUCAAAGACUUCAACAAGACACAAAGAAGAUUACUUCAAACCUUGCAAUCAUGUACAGACGAGAUGUUUGUUUUUCUCAAGCUCUCACAACUUUAAUAACUUCUUUGAUGGGAAAGUUCUGGGGAACGAAUAUCAAUGAGCAUUACGUUAAUGUAAUAUGUUCUCUUGGUCCAUUGAUAUAUUUUGAAGGAUAUUUAUCACUUUACGGAUCUGAAUGGGACUACUGGUCAGAUAUGAAUGUCGCAAUAGAAGAUUUAGCAACAGUCACAUUUACACUUACAAAACACAGUGGAAACAAAUCUCUUCCGCUUCCAAAAGUCACUGGAUCACGGCAAUCACUUGUUGUUUAUCUUCCAGUUCCUGAUUAUAAAGUUCCAAUCCCUGAAACAACCGCAAAUGAAGGGUCGCCUGGAAAUUCUGGUUUCAUUCAAAUUCCCUCACCUUCAUCCAUCAAAGACAAUUUUGUGACCGAUGAAGUUAUUUCUAACAUGUUGGAUACGAUGGAAGAACUUUUACGUGUUAAUUCAUCUAAAAAUGUUAAGAUUCUUCACGUAGCUGAAGACAUAACUCGUGCAGUUGGAGGAUUACGGGUAACAUCAUGCAAAAGUGCAAAAGAUCGAACAGCAAUGGCAGUGACUCUUGAGCAAACUCGAAUUCUACAGCAAGAGUUUCAUUUGCCCUCUAAUAAUUUACAGAACGUUCUAGAUGUCAUCAGAAGUGAAGGAACUCGUUUGGAUAACACGAUGAAAAAUAUUGGAAGACGAAAAUUUGCAUUUAAUCUCCCACAAGUUAUGGCACUUCCUCAACAAUAUCGACCUCCGAAUGGAUCUUUUGGAAAAGCACAAUCGUAA